CUUAUUGUAUUCAACGUUUCGGAACGUUUCAUCAGUUUUGUAACGGCAUUUCAAUUUCUUCGGCAUCGCGUUAAAUAGGCAUUAUAAAGGGUUUAAAGGUAACAACUGAAGCUCAAGGUGUAGAAAUUCAUUUAUAGCCAUUGUAGUGAAAAGAUGGUAAAUUAAUUUAGGCCACCACAGUCACUGUUAAAAGAUGCAAUGCCCUUAGGAAGGCAUUCGUCUUAGUAAGAUCAGGUGGACAACGAGCAAGCACAAUGAUGAAUUUUAUAUGACCUUUCAAAUCGAAUACGCUUAAAAUAUGAGUAUGAGCAGCGAUCUCAAUUUGGAUGAGAUAUUUUAACGUUAAAAUCAUGUCAAGCUGAUGAGAUGGAUGUACUCCAAAUUUUCCCAACCGAAAUUAUUUUCAAGAUUUUCGGCUGGUUGGACUUGACAUCUUUGUGUUUGUGUCGAAGACUGUCGAGAAAAUGGAGGAGAUACGUUAAUGAGUAUCUUGGAGGCGUAAUGUGUUUGGAUUUUGUUCCUUAUGAAUCGAUUCUGACAGAGGAUGGGCUGAAGCAUAUGCUAAGAUACGUCAACAAUUUGCGAGUUCUUCAUCUCGACUCAUGUUGGCCAUGUGUUACAGAAGAGAACUUGUUUGUGAUCGCCAAGAACUGUAGCAAGCUGUCAGUUCUAACAGCAAGCAGAUGUAAGGGAGUAAGUGAUGCUGCCCUGGAAACAGUAGCAAGAUACUGCAAGCAAUUGGCAGAGCUGGAUCUAAGUAGCUGCUUUAAUAUUUCUGAUCAGGGUGUAGUAGCCUUGAGUGAGAGAUGCCCAACUCUUAGAGAGCUUCAUGUGAGCAGCUGCUAUGGAGUAACAGACAAGAGUGUCACUGCAUUGGCAAAGCAUUCCGGUGACUUAACAGAGUUAGAUGUCAGCUGGUGCUUCUCUGUCACUGAUCAGAGUGUUAACAAAUUUCUGUCACCAAGAUGCAAGCUGAAGCUUCUAAGGAUAAAGGGUUGUGCUGUUACACAAGGAAUGGUUUCUCAGCUUAUGGCCAAGGGAAUUGUUGUGAACAACUUCUUUUAAUUAUGUAAAAAUUUAGUAAGUAACUGGAACGUAAAAGCUAGGAUGGCCAAUUUGAAAACUGACAUCUGGCAUUUUGAACCUACUGGUUAUUUUGGGUUUAAUAUCAGGAACCUUGUUUUUCAAAGUUGUAUCUGUAAUCCAUUUAGUCGGGGGUUUCAAUAAAAGCCGGUUGCCAGCGG